AUGUUUUUGUAUUUCUAGGUUGGGAUUGAAGGACAAAUAUAGAGUAUGUGUGGAAGGAGAAAAGUUUAGAAUAAUUAAUAUUUCUGCUUCCAAUUAAGUUUUUAAGAAACCCAUAGCAACUUUCCACUUAAAAAUUUUAGAGUUUAUUCUACUUUAUCAAGCUAUAGACUUAUUUUUCCAUUGUUCAAUAUAUUUAUUCCGAGGUAUUUAUAAGAUUUCANUUAUUAAGUUUUAAUUGAAAAACAAUUUAAUACUUAGAAAGAAGAUCUUAAUUAAUUAGAACUGAUAUCAACUAAUUUUGGAAAAUUGAUAUAAAAUGAUUUAGUAGCGACUGAAAAGAUUAAUAAGAUUUUCAAAGAAUCAAGCUUUAAUACAUCAAAUGUAAGGGAUUUGACAAAUGAAAAUUUAAUAGAUGAUAAGAAUUCUAUUUAAAAUCUCUAAUAAAUCAAAUAACUAAAUUUACAAAUAUAAAAUUGUAAAAUAUAUUAAGAUAUUUUAAAUGAUGGAUUAAAUUAAUAUGGUUUCAUUAUUCAAACAAUUAGUAGUUUAUCUAAUGAAUUCAAUAUGUGA